GUGGUGAAUAAGCCAGACAAUCACGGGGGCAGUCUGGACUGGACRAAGAUCUGUGAGAGGUCCUCUAAGGUCAUCACCUUUAUAGAUCUGGCCGGCCACGAGAAGUACCUGAAAACCACUGUGUUUGGAAUGACCGGACACCUACCAGACUUCUGUAUGCUCAUGGUGGGCAGUAAUGCAGGUAUUGUAGGGAUGACCAAGGAGCAUCUAGGUUUGGCUCUAGCCCUGAAUGUACCAGUCUUUGUAGUGGUCACCAAGAUCGACAUGUGUCCAGCCAACAUCCUAGCAGAGACACUGCAUCUGUUACAGAGGUUACUGAAGUCCCCAGGAUGUAGAAAGAUCCCUGUACUGGUUCAAAACAAAGAUGACGUUAUCGUCACUGCAUCCAACUUCAGCUCAGAGAGGAUGUGUCCAAUCUUCCAGCUCUCCAAUGUAACAGGAGAGAACAUGGAUCUUCUGAAGAUGUUCCUCAACCUACUGUCUUCUAAAACCUCCUAUAAAGAAGAUGAGCCUGCCGAGUUCCAGAUCGAUGACACCUACUCAGUACCGGGUGUGGGCACCGUAGUAUCCGGCACUACGUUACGUGGAUUGAUACGACUGAAUGACACGCUGCUGCUCGGCCCAGACCCCCUGGGCAGUUUCCUCUCUAUCGCUGUCAAAUCUAUCCACCGCAAGAGGAUGCCUGUCAAAGAGGUCCGGGGGGGACAGACCGCCUCCUUCGCACUCAAAAAGAUCAAGCGUUCCUCCAUCAGGAAGGGGAUGGUGAUGAUCUCUCCCAGACUAACACCUCAGGCUACCUGGGAGUUUAUGGCUGAGAUACUGGUCCUGCACCACCCCACCACCAUAUCACCACGAUACCAGGCUAUGGUGCACUGUGGCAGCAUCAGACAGACAGCCACCAUUCUGACCAUGAACAGAGACUGUCUACGUACCGGGGACAAGGCCUCAGUCCACUUCAGAUUCAUCAAGACCCCUGAGUACCUCCACACAGACCAGAGACUGGUGUUCAGAGAGGGACGAACCAAGGCUGUGGGCACCAUCACCAAGCUGCUCCAGUCAGUCACCAAGGCACAGCAGGCCAAGAUGCAGUCCACUAAGAAGGGCACCACGUCAGCCAAUGAGGAGGCAGGAUCCGCACCGCGGCCCGACAGCCCCAACGCAGGACAGCUACCGCCCAAGUCAGGAAGGUGGAGCAGGAGGAGAGGUGGGUUCAGCCGGACCUUCAGGCUCUAG